GGCGACGCCGAGCUCUACACUACCACAGGUAAUUUUGGAAAAGCAUGCUGGACCAUUUGUCCGCUCACUGGCACGACGGGGACAUUUCUUCAUUACCCUUUGUUUUUUUUUGCUUUUUUUGUGUGGUUGUUGUUUUGCCUUUUUCAGAUGGGAGACAACUGCGGGUAGUUUGUGCGUCGGGUCGUCUUGCCAAUGCUGACCCGACAAACGAGCAUGCCAUGCAGGCUAUGCCUACAACGCAGCCAACACCGCCAAACCAUGCUGAGCCGACGACGCAGGCGUCCGCUGCUGCAGCUGCUGCGCUUUCUCCGGGUCGUGCGCGUCGCGACGACUCAAAAGAAGCUCUAUGGAGCGGUCAGAGGACCAGAUUUUUGAUUGAAAAAUAUAAGGAGAAUUUCAGAAACAUCGACAAGAAGGGAGGACUGAGGAACGAAAAGCAGCUGUUCCUAUACUUGACGGAAGCCCUGAAUGAGGAUUUCGAGUGCUCCUUGAGUGUGCUCCAAGUGACGAAUAAGUGGAAAUCACUUGAAAGGGCUUACAAAAGAGCACUAGAAAACAAUCGGAAGUCAGGCAGCAGAACUGUGGAGUGUAGGUUUGAAGAGUAAGUUUUCAGUGCUUAUUAUAUCCUCUUUCUGAGUGCAUAAUUCUGUUCAUGACGAACUCUAUUUCAUGCGUAGAAAAAGAAAACAAAAAACUUGCACAGUGGCACGCACUUCCCUUAAGUGGUUUUUCUUUUCACUCCAACCCGCUCAU